GUAAUUGAUUAAAGCCAAGGGUAGUCUGGCACUUUAAUCACCUCCGACCCGGAGUCAAACCCUUCCCGGAACAAAACGUCAACAACUAAACCCAGACGCCAGGGAAGAGGCAAAAUAUGGCUGCAUGCUUCCCUGUCAGUGGAGCAUCUGAAAUCAGCGCCAUAUUCCCAUUUUCAUGAAGAUGUCCCCGCUUCACCUCAGAGUCGUUUCCUCUGUAACUUGAUAGCUGACCGUAAUGUGUGUAAUAAAGUGGCCUUCGGGGAAGUUCAGAGGGAACUUCUGCAGACUUGGGAGAUUCAGACACACACACACACACACACACACACACACACACACACACCUCACUCACACUCACUCUUGCGUGUGUGAGGUGCCACAUCGAAACGGAACACAAGUGUCGGGAAGACGAGCAUCAUGUUGCUGAUCCUGCUGGAGUUGUUGGUCCUCGUUUCGUGCGCUCCUCCACGGUGUGACCCAGGAUUUCGAGGGCUGUGCAAGCCACGAGUGGAAGAAAAACCCAAAUGCGCAGACAUCCAACUGUCCUACUGCGACGACAUGGCCUACACUCAGACCAUGUUCCCAAACAUCCUCGGCCACAAGACCCGCGAGGACGCCGAGGCCGGCGCCGAGUACCUCCUCAUAAGCGUGGUAGAGUCCCUGCUCGGUGGAGAGUGCAACCCUGAAAUCCGUAUGCUGGGCUGCUCGGUGUUGGCCCCGCGCUGCGAGAAGGCAGAGGUGCUGAAGCCCUGCCGCACCACCUGUGAGGCGGUGCGUAAAAGAUGCAGCCAUGCUUUCGACAGGAUAGAGAUGGCUUGGCCCUACUUCCUGGACUGUGAUCGCUUUUUUGUCGGGGAAGAAGAAGGGUGUUAUGACCCGCUGGAAGGCCUAAAAGCAGAGCAAAAUGUAGAGGCUGUUGACAGCAUGGAGACUCUUCCUGAGGAGCCCGCUACCUCGAUGCAGUUCACCUAUCACUCCAACGCUCAGAUGAUCAGCAUCUUGAAGAGAACUGAGGAGCAAUGCUCCGACAUAGCCAGAACCUACAGCAUCGGACGCAGCAUGGAGGGAAAGGAGCUGCUCGUGAUUGAGUUCUCAAAAAACCCCGGCCAACACGAACUGCUCGAGCCAGAGAUGAAGUACAUUGGCAACAUACACGGAAAUGAAGUCCUGGGCCGCCAGCUGCUGAUCAACUUGGCUCAGUACCUGUGCUCAGAGUAUCUGCUGGGGAACGAGCGCAUCCAGACCCUCAUCAACACCACCCGCAUCCAUAUUCUGCCCUCCAUGAACCCUGAUGGGUACGAGGUGGCUGUUUCUGGAGUCCAGGACAAUGAGGACGGUGAUGAAGAGGAUAUUCGAUAUGAUACUUCGAACAUCGGUCGGAACAACGCUCAGAACAUCGACCUGAACAGAAACUUCCCAGAUUUGACUUCCGUUGUUUACAACCGACGCAGACAAAAGGGUUACCGCACCGACCACGUCCCAAUCCCAGACUAUUACUGGUUUGGUAAGGUUGCACCGGAGACAUACGCUGUUAUGAAAUGGAUCCGCUCCAUACCGUUUGUGCUCUCUGCUAACUUCCGUGGCGGGGACCUGGUGGUGUCGUACCCCUACGAUCUGUCAAAACACCCACUGGAACGCAACAUGUUCUCCCCAGCACCGGACGAUCAGGUUUUCAAGUUUCUGGCAGGAAUAUAUGCAAACUCCCACGAAACAAUGACCAAUGAAAAUGCCCAGUGUGGAUCGUCUCGUACUCUCAGUCAGAGAGGAAUCAUUAAUGGAGCACAGUGGUCCAGCUUUGCAGGCGGUAUGCAAGACUUCAACUAUCUUCACACCAACUGUUUUGAGGUGACUGUGGAGCUGGGUUGUGAUAAAUUCCCCCCUGAAGAGGACCUGUUUAUCAGCUGGCAUGAAAACCAUGAGGCUUUGCUCACAUUUAUGGAGGCAGCCCAUCGAGGUAUCAAAGGCAUCGUAAAAGAUGAGGUGGGAAAUGGAAUAAAAGGUGCACGGAUAUCAAUCAGAGGAAUACAACAUGACAUUACCACAGCUGAAAAUGGAGAAUACUGGCGCCUGCUCCACCCUGGUAUCCACAUCGUGAUCGCCUCGGCCCCGGGUUACACCAGAGCCAUAAAGAAAGUCCACCUGCCUCCUCGCAUGCAGACAGCAGGCCGAGUGGACUUUGUGUUGCAGGCGGCUCCGCUAGAGGCUGACAUGCAGGAGGAGGACCACGCCAUCCCGUCCUUGGGCACCUACGACCGCUUUGACCCUUAUAACCAGUAUGAGCGCUACACCCAGAUGGCUGAUUUGACCCAGAACCACGAGGAAAGAGCAGAGAAGCCCUGGUGGUGGAACUAUUUUGUCCUGCCGGGUGGACCCGCCCCCACCUGGCUGCUAAAGCACUAUUAGAGCUUGAAGAAGAGAAGUGGAAGUAGUUUCACUGCGUACAGUACAAUACACACAAGUCAGGCUGUCAUGUAAAGGAUGUGCUGCCUUUUAUUGUUGUUACAACAGCAUCCAAGUGUAAAGCAAGCUGGCUUCAUGGUAGCUUUCAUGCUUUUGACAACAAGUGCACGGUGUGUUCAUGAAAUCAUAAUGUAAACACCUUUAAUCAACACUGAGAGACAGACAGGAUUUUACUAAGGGCUUUAAGUUUGUAAGCUUUUGCCUUGACAGUCAAUCAUCUCCAGUAUACAACCAUGAUGAAAUGCAAGGAUGUUAAAGACUUAUAUUUUGUAUUUUCCAACAAUUUUACUGCAUAAAUAAAAUAUUUUUACGUGGUCACAAUAUGAU